AUGUCUUCGGAAAAGGAGAGUCCCUCUGAGUCAAAGUCCUCUCAAGUUCUGAAUAUCCCAAAGAAUGAGAGAGUCCGUUUGACAGUGAGAAAUCUUCAAGUAACACUCAAAGCCCAAAAAAAGAAACAAUCUCUUCUAAAGAGGCUGAGAAAGUCUGAAAAAGACAACACCAUUGAUGAGGAAGCGCUUCCUCAAAAGAAGAUCAUUUCCAAUGUGAACCUUGACCUGAAGGAAGGUGAACUGAUAGCGAUCCUAGGUGCCUCGGGAAGUGGGAAGACAACUUUGCUAAAUACCUUAUCACAAAAAGUCACAAAGAAUAAAAGUUUUCUGUUCAGUGGUAUGAUCAAAUACAAUGAGAAUACUGACAUUGAAAGAAUCAGACAUGCUUACAUGUCCCAAACCGAUUUCUUUCUACCAAAUUUGACCGUUUACGAAACCUUGGAUUACGCUGCCAAGCUGAAAUUACCCCGUAACUAUACUAAUGCAGAAAGAACAGAGCUAGUAGAAAGUAUCUUGGUUGAACUAGGGCUGGACAGAAUUCGUGAGUCGAUCAUCUGUAAUUCGUUUGGAUCAAUUUAUAUUUCUGGAGGUGAACAGAGGCUAGUAAGCAUGGCCCUGCAGUUGUUGAACAAACCUGGAUUAUUGUUUUUGGAUGAGCCUACUACGGGACUGGAUGCCACCAGCUCUUUCAGAAUUAUCACAGCCCUUCAUAAAUUGUCCAGAAACUUUGGUAUGACCAUUGUACUCACUAUUCAUCAACCACGUUAUGAGAUCCUUGAACAGAUUGACAGGAUCUGCAUUCUGACGAGAGGUUGCAGAGUCAUCUAUAAUGGCUCCCCAUUAAACUCUAUUGAAUACUUCAAGAAUAUUGGACACGAUAUUCCAAGAAAUGUCAACCUUACUGACUAUCUUCUGGACAUUUCUUGUAAGGACUCAUCUUCCCCCGAGAACGAGUCUCAAAGUUUGGCCAGAAUUGAAUAUCUGGCUUCCAAAUGGGAGAAACAUGAACCGUCAACUUUGGAUGAAGGUGUAGAAGUUAUGGACUCUUUUACACAUUCUUCCAACUCGGAAAAAGCACUCACAGAAAUCGAAAAGAGAAUCACUCUUAUCAAACAGAUUAGAAUUUUGACUAAAAGGACGUUCAUACUUUCACUUAGAGAUAGAGGUUCCAUGCUCACGUUUAAUUUUUCUAUUUUAAUAAUGGGAGUUGCUUGCGGUUGGUUGUUCUUCAAGCCUCCCGCAGACUUGGGAGGAAUAAGAUCCAUUGUUUCUCAAGUUUAUGUUGUACUGGAACUUAUUGGUUUCGUGCCAAUGAUUUUAGAAAUAACGAGGCUUUGGGAUUUCGAUGGUCAAGCUUUUCUCAGGGAAAAUAGUGAAGGUUAUGUGUCUGUGACCGGAUGGAUAAUAAGUCGAAGAUUAGCAAAGUUCCCCAUUGAGGAUUUCCCUACUUCCAUUUUCUUUGCUCUAAUAACAUAUUUUAUGUUUGGGCUUCGAACAGACAAUGGAGCUUCGAACUUCCUGAUCUACUUUGUCGUUACCUUAUUUGUCAAUCUAUGUGCUGUUGCGUUGGCUACUCUAUGUUUUGCUGUUGGAUCUGACUUUGCUUCUUCAAGUUUGAUGUGUAAUGUGAUCUACCAAUUGCAAAAUUCCUCGUGUGGUUACUUCAUCAACGCCAAAACUAUGCCGGUGUAUGUCAGAUGGCUGAAAUAUUGUGCACAUUUCUGGUACGCAUUUGGAUGUUUAAUGUCGAACCAGUUUACUGAUUGGAUGGGAGAUUGUCCAACCGAAGGGGAUGCCUGUGUGGAGUACUCGGGAAUAUACCAACUGGAAAUCUUUGGAUUUGGAGAAAAUUGGAUUACUCUACCAAUUUGUGUCUUAUUAGCGUUCUUUUUAGGAACUUUGGUUCUCUCUGGAUUUAUUCUAAGAUACAAGAACACUGAAGUUUCGAUGUCCAAAGAGAUCACUUCCAACAUGUUUUCCAAAAGGAGCAAGGAUAGGAAGAAACAUGAGGAGAAGGAUGUUCCAGCUGAUGAUAAUUUUCAUGCCAUUUCAACUGCAAGACGAGAGAUUUCCUUGAAUCUUUACGUUAGCAAUGUCUCCUUAUACGUCUAUCCUUCCAGAUUGAACCUAGGUGUGUUUACAAUUCUCUGGAAGUACAUUAAUAACCGGUAUUUGAAGUUUGGUGUUGAAAAAGUGGAAAACACUCCCAAGAGCGCAAAAUCCAAGCGAUUAUUGACCAAUGUCAAUGCUAAAUUUAUUCCUGGAAGGUUGAACGCUAUCAUGGGUCCGUCUGGAUCAGGAAAAUCCACUCUGCUUAACUAUAUUGCAGGACGACUAUCUAAGGAGAGCAACUUUUACACCACAGGUGAGGUCAUUGUUAAUGAUAUUGCCAUGAGAAGCAUGGAUAAACCUUUAAAAAAAUUGUGCUCCUAUGUUCUGCAAAAUGAUUCCGCAUUGAUUCCUACGUUGACAGUGAGAGAAACCGUUCACUUUCAAGCUCAAUUGAGAUUGCCAAAGGAGAAACAAAUCGAUGGAGGCAUAGAUAGAAUCAUCGAUGACCUUUUGUUGAAAUUUGGGUUGUUGGACUGCCAAAAUAUUCCUAUUGGUGAUGAUUACACUAAGGGCAUUAGUGGAGGUGAGAGAAAAAGAGUUUCCAUUGUAGUGCAGUUACUGGAUGAUAGUAAAAUUUUACUUCUGGAUGAGCCGACAUCCGGACUUGAUUCCUUUACAAGCUCUUCCAUUUUGUCAACUCUAGAAGAAUAUGCUAUAGAGCAGAAUAAGCUUAUAAUCAUGACUAUUCAUCAACCAAAGAAGGAGAUUUUUGAAAAGUUUGGAAAUGUCGUGUUAUUGGCUAGAGGAGGUUACGUCGUUUACAACGACAGCGCCGUAAAGAUCGCCGAUUACUUUUCUAGCCUGGGUUACGAUGUCCCUCCAAUGACUAACGUUGCUGACUUUGUGCUUGAUAUGGUUUCUAACAAUAUCGACGAGAGACCUGAAGAAAGUGAUGCUAGACUGAGACGUUUAGUGGAAACCUGGCAAGAGAACCAUGAGUCUGAUUUCCAAAGGGUUCAGACUAACACCACUAUCAAAAUCAGCAAUGAAGAUCAGUUCGACGCCCAAUUUUCUCAUUUAUACCAAAACCGGGCUGCAGAUAACGUUUCGUUGCCUGUACUGAUCAAGCGAUUAACAUUGACCACUUUCAGAGAUCAAGGAGUCGUAGCUGCUCGAUUAUACCAGGUGAUGGCGUUAUGUGUCAUCCAUGCUCUAUUCUAUGCUCCUCUGAAAAAUGGUGCUGAUGGUAUUUCCAACCGAUUGGGUUUGAUCUUUCAAGUUCUGAACCUUUAUUAUGCCGGCUUCAUUAAUAACAUCAGCUUGUUUCCACAGGUCAAGCAGCUGCUGUACAACGAAUGGGAGGAUCAGAUCUACUCUUUGGAAUCUUUCUUUGCUUCAUACUUUUUGCUGGAAAUUCCAUUCGAACUAUUUUGUUCAUUUCUCUACGCAGUGUUCCUGGUGAUGGUUAUUGGGCUUCCAAGGACCGCUGGAAUGCUCUUUACCACCUUCUACGCCUCGUUUGUUGCUAUGAACUGCGGUGAGUCUUUUGGUAUUCUAUUCAAUACACUGUUCAACAAAUUGGACGUGGCCAUCAACGUGCUUUCCAACUGUUUGAUUAUAGGAAUCUUCAUGGCAGGAGUGAUGUCGAUCCAUAUGCCAGAAUUCUUUAAGGCUUGGAACUGGAUCAACCCUUUAAAGUACAUAGUGGGAGUGGUUGCCAAACUAGGGUUUGCAGGUCAGACUUUCAAAUGUGAGAUUGGAGAUGAAUGUGCCUUAUCUACUGGGGACGAUGUAUUGAGAUACUACCGGUUGGACCAUAAUUUUUCUGCUUUCAUGGGAGCACUAGCUGUUUGCUUCGUGGUGUAUCGGUUCGUCAGUUACGUCUUCCUUGCCAUUCGGCUAAAAAUGAGUUAG